GCAAUGGGCAUGCACCUUACGCUACAGCUUGGAGCUUAAACUAACAUUAGACUACCGUGACAUUAAUUAGCACCCUUAAACUCUCAUGAUUUAGACUCACCACUGGACGGACGACGCUUUAAAUGACCAACCCACAUCAGCCGGCGCAUUCCCACAAUGGCACGCACUCGAAAUCCAAGGUCGUGCAGAGUGGAAAGCGUCAACGCACUUUGACAGUCAUUGUCAAUCCUGUCACACUCUCAGGCUCCCAAAGAGGAUCCACCGUGGGGAGAAAAGUGACUACGGUAGCGCAUUCCGACGCUAUCUGUGAUGGCACCUCCAGUCAACAUGACGCAGGGCAGCUCGCGGGGAACACAAAAGUCCUGGAGUGCAACACCCAGUCUAGGGAUGACCGUGACGACUCACAGGGAUCCAUCUCGAAACUUCCACCUCUUCCCGAAAUACAACUGGCACUGGCAGAAGAUCUGACAGGUCAGAUCUUCGGUACGAUGAACGACCUCGUCGCCAGUGGUGCAUUCGGAAACGUUUACAGAUGUGAAUGGAGACGGCCGUCGGGUUCUGUCAAGGUCGCAGUAAAAGCCUUCAGGCAUCGCACGGAUUGUAUCCCAGAGCAGGAGUUAAGAAGGUUUCGACGAGAAACUGCAAUAUGGGCACACCUCAUCCACGACAAUAUCGUCACACUUUAUGGAACCACAAAGGGGUUUGGGCCGACCACAGCCCUUGUCUCGCGGUGGUUUCCAGACGGCACGCUGUCCCGUCUGAUCACAGAACAGGGUGCUACAUUAACCAUCAAGUCCAAAUUGAAGCUGCUUCACGGCAUAGCAUCUGGGCUCUACUAUCUUCACUCUUUUUCCGUUGUUCACGGUGACAUUACGAGCUCCAACGUUUUGGUAGAUCUCAAGGACGGAGAUUACAAGGCUUGCUUAACGGACUUCGGUUUGUCAAAUGUUCUCUGUGGACAUUUAAAAGAACGCCGAAUUGAAGGAUCAUCUGUUCGGCCUGGUGCAUUCAAGUGGGCUGCGCCUGAGUUGAUCAGGUCACGUGAUCCCUCUUCCGAUAUCAAACCGACCACGCAGAACGACAUGUACUCUUUUGGUCGUGUCAUGUAUCAUUUGUUGACUCUGGUCACUCCUUGGCAUGAUAUCGACGAGAUGAAAGUCUUUCAAAAAAUCCUUAGCGGAGAGGAUAUCCUGCGUCCUGCGAUAUCCGAUGCGACGUCUGAUGUCACAGACGCCCGCUGGAAUCAUAUUGAGCAGUGUUGGUCAAUUGAUCUAUCUGCUCGACCAUGUGCCAUUACGGCUAUGAACUUCAUAAGGGGGGAACUAGAGGCUUUGAAACAAGAUGAUGUCGAGGUACAGGGGAGUCCUCACCGUUCAUUGAACGCGGAGCAGAUAAUUGCAUCUGUUCCUCGUAGUCGCGGGGUUCCAUCCCAGAUUAUGACAAGGAUAUUUCGGUCCUCCUCGCAAGCCCUCGUUCCGUCACCAAGCCAAGCUACUCCCUCCUCUCCUUUCACAUAUCAUCCCUUCUCUUCGGCCUCAACGCUUGUGAGCUUCUACCAGUUCAUUGAUUCAUGUAUACUAAUCCUUCCAUGUUUCAAGUCAUUUUCAGGUCCUUUGAAUGUUUUGCUUUUCGGGGAGACUGGAGUUGGGAAAAGCUCCGUCAUCAACUUGAUCAUGGGAGGAGAUGCUGCACAGACGUCGCCAGAUGGAGCAACCUGCACACUCACGCAUACCUCCCACGAAAUCAAUCUUGGAUCCUACACUUUCAAACUUUGGGAAGUUUCGUCGAUCGAACCGAUGGGUUUCUUCAAGACCCUUUUCAAAAAAUGGAGCUUGAAAAAGCAAUACAAACGACUGUACAAAGAUGAUGGAGUCUACCUUCUCUUGUAUUGUAUGAGAGGAUCUAGGGCUCAGAGAGCACUGCUCAAGGACUAUAAUUUUUUCACUGACGUCGUGGGCUCUACUGCCGGGCCAGGCCGCGUACCAGUCGCCGCUGUGGUCACCUCCUUGGAAGAUUAUCCCAGGAACAUGGAUAAUUGGUGGACGAAUAAUAAGGACAAUCUGGAACACCUCGGAAUGCGGUUCUCCGCACACGCUUGUAUCACUUCUCUCCCCGACGAUCCAAAAUCCUCACACACGAUGCGCGAACGUCGACGGCAAUCAGAACAAGCCAUCCGCCGUCUUAUUUAUGAGUCCUACCAAACAGGUACCGAAACACCUCACAGUACCAGUCCACUGUUGAAUCGAUGAAUAAAAUCGAGCUUAGUUGUGUAUUACUGCCUUCGGAGAUUUGCCCCCCCCCCCCCGACGAGUCGCUGUGCGUACGUCACUGUUACAAAAUCGAUUCACUUUAUCCUGUCAAUGACCGUUCUGCAUUACCCUCUAUGUGAUCGGUAUAUAUCCUUUAUAUCGCACUGUAUUAGACUUUAGCAGUACUGAUCAUUUACAAGGACUCUCCUUCGGCUGGCUCUACGACAAUAUGAUAUUGUGUUUACAGUAGCAACUCAGGAAAUACUGUAUUAGCAUCAUCUCUGCAAAUAGACAAUGUCUCUUUGCGUUCUCA